GAGGGGCGGGCACUGCCGGGGCCUCAUCCCCGCCGUGUGAGCAUGCUGCGGCGGGAGGAGGAGGAGGAAGAAGAGGAGGAGGAGGGCUUCCUCGGCUGGGCCAGGGGAGGUUCAGACUGAACUUCGGGCUGGGGAAGGAGGAAGGCAGAGCGCUGCCGGAAGCCACGGAGCGGCGGCGCCCCGCGGGCAGCAUGUAGCUGGGUGACAGCCGCCCGAGCGCCGCCUGCCUCCCCGCCGUCCAGGGCACCGAGGGGCCGGUGCUGCGGGUCGGGAGCCUCCCUUCUCCCUUCUCCCCUCUCGCCUCAGCUCCCCCAGGAUCCCUGCAGCGCCGUCCCUCCGCCGCUGACCAUGGGGCUGCCCACUCUGGAGUUCAGCGAUUCCUACUUGGACAGCCCGGAUUUCAGGGAGCGUCUCAAGUGCCACGAGAUCGAGCUGGAGAGGACGAACAAGUUCAUCAAGGAGCUCAUUAAGGACGGCAGCCUCCUCAUCGGGGCCCUGCGAAAUUUGUCUAUGGCAGUGCAAAAAUUUUCACAGUCUUUGCAAGAUUUCCAAUUUGAGUGUAUUGGAGAUGCUGAAACUGAUGAUGAAAUUAAUAUUGCUCAGUCACUGAAAGAGUUUGCUCGGCUCCUGAUUGCUGUUGAAGAGGAAAGGAGACGAUUGAUCCAGAAUGCGAAUGAUGUGCUCAUAGCACCCCUGGAGAAGUUUCGUAAAGAGCAAAUAGGAGCAGCAAAAGAUGGGAAGAAGAAGUUUGACAAGGAAAGUGAGAAGUAUUAUUCCAUCUUAGAGAAGCACUUAAAUUUAUCAGCAAAGAAGAAAGAAUCUCAUUUGCAAGAUGCAGAUACACAGAUUGACAGAGAACAUCAAAACUUCUAUGAAGCAUCUUUAGAAUAUGUUUUUAAAAUUCAAGAAGUACAAGAGAAAAAGAAAUUUGAAUUUGUUGAACCUCUCUUGGCUUUUCUUCAAGGAUUAUUUACAUUUUACCACGAAGGAUAUGAACUGGCUCAGGAGUUUGCACCAUACAAGCAGCAGCUGCAGUUCAAUUUGCAGAAUACUCGGAAUAACUUUGAAAGCACGAGGCAGGAAGUGGAGAGACUCAUGCAAAGAAUGAAGUCUGCCAACCAGGAUUACAGACCACCAAGUCAAUGGACAAUGGAGGGCUAUCUCUACGUGCAGGAAAAACGUCCACUUGGAUUUACAUGGGUAAAACAUUACUGCACUUAUGAUAAAGGAACAAAAACAUUUACAAUGAGCGUAGCUGAAACAAAAUCUGGUGGAAAAGUGAAUGGCCUUGUCACAAGCUCACCAGAAAUAUUCAAGCUAAAAUCUUGUAUCAGGAGAAAGACAGAUUCAAUUGACAAACGGUUCUGUUUUGAUAUUGAAGUAUUUGAGAGACCUGGAAUCAUCACACUGCAAGCUUUUUCAGAAUCCAACCGAAAACUGUGGCUCGAAGCUAUGGAUGGAAAGGAACCUAUCUAUACACUGCCAGCCAUUAUUAGUAAGAAGGAAGAAAUGUUCUUAAAUGAAGCAGGUUUCAACUUUGUGAGGAAAUGUAUCCAUGCUGUAGAAACAAGAGGUAUCACCAUUCUGGGUCUGUACAGAAUAGGUGGUGUAAACUCCAAAGUCCAAAAGCUGAUGAAUACCAUAUUUUCCCCUAAAUCUCCUCCUGAUAUGGAUAUUGAUAUGGAACUUUGGGACAAUAAAACAAUAACAAGCGGACUAAAAAACUACCUCAGGUGUCUUUCAGAACCACUGAUGACAUUCAAGCUGCACAAAGAUUUCAUUGUUGCUGUUAAAUCGGAUGAUCAGAACUACAGAGUUGAGGCAGUGCAUGCGCUUGUACAUAAAUUACCAGAGAAGAACAGAGAGAUGCUGGACAUCCUUAUCAAGCACUUGGUCAAGGUGUCAUUACACAGUCAGCAAAAUCUUAUGACAGUAUCCAACCUUGGUGUUAUCUUUGGACCAACUCUGAUGAGAGCCCAAGAAGAAACUGUGGCUGCUAUGAUGAACAUUAAGUUUCAGAAUAUCGUCGUUGAAAUUCUGAUAGAGCAUUAUGAAAAGAUAUUUCACACUGCACCAGACCCCAAUAUUCCUCUUCCCCAGCCUCAGUCCCGUUCAAGCUCAAGAAGGACAAGAGCAAUUUGUCUCUCCACAGGUCCACGUAAACCCAAAGGAAGAUAUACACCAUGUCUAGCAGAUCCUGACAGUGACUCGUACAGCAGCAGCCCAGAUAGCACUCCAAUGGGCAGCAUUGAAUCUCUCUCUUCUCACUCCUCUGAGCAGAACAGCACCACCAAAUGUGCACCCCCGCAGCCCAGGGAGAAAUCAGGAGGGAUUCCGUGGAUUGCCUCUCCCCCUUCUUCUAAUGGCCAGAAGAGUUCAGGCCUCUGGACUACAAGUCCAGAAUCCUCAUCAAAGGAGGAUGCAACAAAAACAGAUGUGGAGUCAGACUGCCAAAGCGUAGCCUCUGUCACUGGACCAGAGAAUGCCUCUCCACCAACAGAUCUGACCAAGAAGAGUUCUUACAGUCUAUCUGAACUGAAAAGAUCUUCAGGUUCUUCCCUCAGAUCAAUUCCAUCAGCUGAAGGUAACAAAAGCUACAGUGGAUCUAUACAGAGCUUAUCUUCAACAGAUACCAAAGAUACACCAAAGGCUCCAGCAAACCCCGAUUUGCCUCCCAAAAUGUGCAGAAGAUUAAGAUUAGAUACUGCAUCAAGUAAUGGUUAUCAAAGACCAGGAUCUGUAGUGGCUGCAAGAGCCCAGUUGUUUGAAAGUGCUGGUUCACUUAAACAAGUUUCUUCAGGACGGCAAGCAAAAGCCAUGUAUUCCUGUAAGGCUGAGCAUAGUCAUGAGCUGUCUUUCCCACAGGGGGCAAUAUUUUCCAAUGUGUAUCCGUCAGUAGAACCAGGCUGGUUAAAAGCAACUUAUGAAGGCAAAACAGGACUCGUUCCUGAGAAUUAUGUUGUCUUCCUCUAGUAAUCUUCAGUGGACAGCAAUAUCUUCAUGGUAUCCAUGGUAACAAAUAAUAAGCACUAUGAUUUUUAUCUGACACAGAUAUGGGAUCAGCCCGUUAGCUGAGAGUGGUAGAUUUCCUUCAGAUUCUGCAGCUGCAGGUUAUAUAGCUCCCUAUCAACGGAACAGAAUGUAAUGAAACAGUUAACAGUUACUGUACUGAAGACGGUACUCUGUUUAAAUAACUUCCAUUGUUUGCAAAAGGUUGUUCUGUUCUUCUUUUAUGGGUAAGGAACACUACAGAAAUAAAAUCAAAAAAGUUGCCAUUUAGCUGCAGACCUUCAGGUUCUCGGAUGUUGCUCAGAGAAGUGUGAAAUUUAGAGGCAAUGCACUCUAUGACAUUUCUUACACUCUGUAUUUUUUAAUAUGAAAAAUUGUGUUUUUUUUUUCUUAAUGUAAGUAAUGCUUCUGUUGUGAUCUGAAUGCUCCCAUAGAAAACUCAGUUCUGAUAUUAGUCCUAAUCAUUUCAAAUAAGAAAUGAGUCUUCCAUAAAUCAGAAGUUUGAACUUGUUAGUCAUUGAGAUUACAAUAUGGUAUAGAAAUGUAUGUAACUGAUAAUGAAAUCAGAUUAUACACUGCCUGAGCAGUAAGUGCUCAUUCAAAAUGUGAUGUGUUUAAUGAAUGUUUCGUUCAAGUACUUCUUAGAUUUAUUUCCUCCUUUCUAUAUCAAUCGAAAUAAGAAUAAUAAUAACUAGUAUUUCUGUAAUAGCAGUCAGGUGGAAGAUACUCUCGGUGUCUCUCAGAGCAACAGCAGUAGAAAACAAGGAGAUACUCAAUCUGGAAUGAUGGGUAGAUAUGAAGCAAGCAAUGAAAAGCAGCAAUAUGUUUUGAAACCUGAGAUAAAAAGUAACUAGGUCCUUUUCAAGUUUUUUCCUUUGCAAAUAAGACAAAGUACUUAGCAUUAUUUCUCCUGACUUCCACUAAAGUAUUUGGCAAAUGUUUCCUCCAUUACAUGGAAUAAAAAACAAAACAACAACAACAACAACAACAAAAAACUUAGUUGAUAAAGAUUUUGUAAAUACCAAUUGUUUGCUCCUGGUGGGUCUGGGAGAAAAGAAAAAAAAAAAAAAAGGAAAGAAAAAAGAAAAGAAAAUAUAAGCUUUCUAAAUUUGAACCUCUUUCUUGUACACCUUGAGGCAAAACAUGCAGUGCUUACUUGGCUAGUUACCAUGGCCUAUUGAAAAGCAAGAUACUUAAGCACUAUAUUAGUAGCUUUUCAGCAUUAGUGGUACAGAAGGAAUCCACUCUUUCAUAGAUCUAUCCAGUCUUAGUUCUUUGUUCAAUAACAGUAAUCCGUAUAUAAACGUUCUGUUGAUUUAUAAGAUAUACACUGCUUCCAGAAUGUUUUAGGAAGAACUUUUGCUAGGACUAAAAACACCGGUAAUCUACCAGUUGUUUAUUUUCUUCUUUUCUAAGCCUUUUUCGGAUUUAAAUUAGAAAACAGAUUUAUUGCCAAUAUUAAGUAGCACAUCUGAACCUUCUUUACUUGUGUAUAGGCCAUGAUUUCUUCAGAAAAGUUCCGUGUUGGAAUUCUGGCUGGUGGCAAAAGCCUGCAGGAUCCUUCUUCUCACUAGCUGAAAUAUCAAGUGGCAUUCAGGAAAGUGGAGAGAGAGACUGGAAGAACAUCCUUCCAAGAAUGGUGUGGCAUUUCAGUGGGGGAGUCUGUGGCAGUAAGCCAGGCUAGUGUGGGUAAGGCAGCUGAGGAGAGACCCCUUGAAUUAGUGACUGACUGAUUUGGGUUCUUUCUUCACUCUAAACAGUUUUAUUAGGUCCCAAAUCAUGUUUCCCUUCAUCUUAAGACCAGGCUGUGUUCAGGACAUUGUGAUGAAGGGUUCAUCUCCGGCAUUGAAGGCAGACGUGUGUGCUUGUCAAAUUUUCACAGAGGAGAUGUGAAAGGAAGAGAAGGACUUUUUCAGCAGACUGAGCCUUAUUUUUAAAGCAAGCCAACAUUUGUAAGUGUAAGCUAUGCCUGCAGCUGCUGUUGCCCUCAGAUCAACAUGGGUUUCGUUGUGUUUUUGCUGUAUUUCACAAUACCAAAAUUGCAGGGUGCCAAAAGGCUUCCCUCUGCUGACCUGCUCAGGAGAAUGCUGCUGCAGGGCAAGAGGAGUAGAAAGGGAGACAGAACUGUGAGCAGAGACUCCAGGCCCCACGUGUCUCACCCACGUGGAGAAAUGCAGUGGUCAGGAUCUAUCAAUUGCACCAGGCAAACAGACCUUUGUUGAACAUCCUUUUCUGAGGAACGGUGAAAUAGAAAAUGCGUGCUCUUACUUGAUUUGCUUUAGUCUGAUUAAAUUAAAAAAAAAAAGAGAGAGAGAGCAGGAGGAGACUAAUUGUAGGUAACCUCAAAACAUUUGCAUGCAUUUGGAUAUUCUGCAACAGUAUGUUUUGAAACCAGCUGAUCUGAGUGCAAGCCAGAAGACUCAAAGAUGCUCAGUUCAUAUAAAAAAUCAUAAAAAUGAAAAGUUCGGUUACAGAUUAUAUAAGUAGAGCCUGUAAGCACUGAGGGAAAGGUUGUAGAAGGAGGAAUCCCUGUACAGGAGAGGUGGUGUGUCCAUUCCCAUGCAUUCAUCUUACAUUAGACACACAAGUCAAUUGCAGAAGACAGCUUCAUCAGAAAGGGAUCUCAUUCAUUCUGCUACUCAAAAAAGAGAUCUAUCUUUUCCUCUUUAAGACUGCACUUUUUAAGGCCCUUCUUCUGUGAACCAGCCAUGGUAUGGUAAUCACAUAAAUAAUUUUAAAGUAGCUUAGCUUUAAAAUGUUAUUUUUAUCUGGAAAUGUUACUCCCAUUCUUAAUUACGGUUAGUAUCAAUGGAUAGUAGGGUUAUUCUGUUUCUCUCUUCUGCGGUACAUAACAAGCACUUUCCAUAUCAUUCCACUGCUGGGUUGUGAAUGCCUCUACUCUUCCCUGGCUUUCCAAGAGGGAGUUUAUCUCCAGGAGAAGCUGUACAGGGAACUGGAAAGUUAAAUACCUGGGUGCUCACUGACUGGAAUGGGGAAGAGAUCAGCACCAAGGCUUGUCUACUGACGAGACUCUCAGCCCUGGCCAAAAAUCCCUUCUAAUAUUUGUAAAGGAUCAGAAAUCCACAUAAAAUUUAAAUGAAGAUAUAAUACUGAGGUAGUGCCUUACCAGCAAGUUAGGCAAGCUGAACUAAAUUAGUUCAUAGUAUUGAUUUACUAUUUUUUAUGAAAGUCAGAUUCACUCUACAAGGACAGUUGAAUUUUAUUAUAUAUAUAUUUUUAAUUAUCCUUACUAAAAGGAUAUAGCAGUUUUCUCAGAAUAUCACUGUAGAAGUUGAGGUAGAUAACACGUUGUGAUUGCUGUUUGUCUUGUGAAAAUACCCACCACUUAUGUAAUUAGCCAUGUUUUUUCUAUGUUAAACUUUUGAUACAUGUUGCAGUACAACAUGAAUCAAAUAAACAGUGUGAAGGACUGAUACAUUGUAUGAUAAAUAUGUAAAGUAUAUUAUAUUAUAUAUAUUCACACUUUUUAUUAAUGAUAAAGAUGAAAAAAUAUUUUUUGUGUAAUUUUUAUGAGUUCAGUAUUAAAAUGUCCUUGCCAUAUUUUGGCAUUUAGAAUACUAUGUAACAAAAUUCUUAAAUUAAACCAUAUAUGUCACUUAAGUCCCUAACUAAUCUAUAAAGUUCAUUUGUUCGAUUAUUUCUGGAAAAAAAAUGACGCACAAAUUUGCUGACCAGUCUACUCUAUGAUAGUAAUAGUAACUUAUUUAACUUUUAUAUAUUUUCUGUUGAUAAUCUCUAUUCUUUGCCUGUAAUUUAAUUCAUUUUAAUAUGCCUUUAGGAAAGAUACAUUAGGAAGAGAAAAGGAUGCAAAAUUCAGCAGUUCAGAACAACAGUUACAACAAAAAAGCAUUAUAUGACAAUAAUUGGCUUUUGGUUACUUUUCCCCACCGGUCUAUUUUCUAGUUAAUAGGAUUGGAUCAGAAUAAAUGAUGAACCCCAAAAGCCUGUUGUUCUUCACACUUCUUUUCCUAAGGCAGCAGUUGGUACAAUUUUGCAUUGAGGAGCAAGAGAAAGCCCAGUAAGGAAGCUUAUCCUCAGGCUGUGGUGGAUCUUCUCGACUGAUGGAAACUCUCAGAGCUCUAGUGAACACAGAGAUAGACCCUUGGCAAAUUAUAGUGAGGUUUCGCUGGCCAGAAGCCCCCAUACAGUAAAUGGAAUAUUCUUUUAAUGGGAAAACAUGUGAUAUGUCUUGGCAUUAUCCUUUUGUUGUUUUUUUUUGUUCAUCAGAGUGCCCUAUCUGAAUCAUUCAGUUACCAGAGAUAAACUAAGCAAGGUUGAGUCUCACUCUUUGUGGUCAUGGAGCCCUGACGGCCACUGCUGAUGCAGCCCUUCCAGUUACCGUUUGUGCAAAAGUCAGACUGUUGAUCAGGCUGUAUCAGUACAAGUCGGGAGGUCUCUUUUUGCAUAGGAAUUUGCAAGAGCUUUGGGAGUUAGCUUUGUUUUGCUUUAAUAAGGUGCGUGGUAUCCAAACAACUACUAAUACAAUGUUGUAAUUCAGUCGCUGAAGAUAAUAGCAUUGUUUUUCUUGUCCUGUAUGUGGCAGUAUUUAAUAAGCGAUUGGAUAAUCUUUGUUAUUUUAAGUAUAGAGAAUGGUGCUUCAACCCUUGAACAUCUCAGCUGAAAGCUAUUCUGCAACUGGGCUUUUUGCAAGUGUUGUAUCAAUAAUUGUCAUAAAGUUCUGGCACUAGAGGCUGCAAAAAUGAUCUCGGCACUAUGAGAGUUUCUGUUAGAGCAAAGGGCAAAGCAGCUGAACAGGGCAGAUAGACAGCUUCAAAUUUUCAAGCAUAUUUAUGACGAUUUUGGAGGUAUUAGAGUUUAUAGGGGUUACCGUAGAUACUAUAUGUUAUUUUAAUAGGAAAGUAUAUACAAUCAAUUACUAAAUAUAUAUUUAAUAAAGUUCUACUAAAUUAUCUUAUUGAACUCUCUGUUUAUUUUGUAGUGUGGUUUCAAUAAUUAUCUGCACUCUGUAUAUACCUACAUGUAAAUAACUGGCAUGAUAUGCAUAAGCUGACUUGCAGACAUAAUUCUAUGUUGUACUUUACACUGUAUUUCAAAAAUUUGAAAAAUGUUUUUAAAAAUAAAAAGCCUUCCUACACA